AUGGCAAGCCUCACUGAGGAGAACAAUGGCUUGGGCAGAGCUGCUGUUCGGGAGCUCGGGGGCGUGGCCAAGGCCAACCUGGAAGCUGGCGUGAGGCUUCUACAAGCCCUGCCCAAGAAGCGGCUGCAAGUGAACGUGAUCCACUAUGGGGUGCUUUUGCAUGCGCUGGAGCUCAAGGGCAGCUGGAACGUUACCACGCAGCUCCUAGACCAGAUGAGCCAACAGCAAGUGCCUAGCAAUGUGGUGACCUAUGGCAGUGCCAUGAAGCACCUGUCGCGCAGCGCAUGGCAGAGAGCCUUGGCGCUGGUUGCGGGCAUGCCACAGGACGCCAACUUGCAGCAAGACCCUCGUAGCUUCUUAGCAGGCUGGCAGAGGCCUAACACCAUCACGCAAACUAUGUACACUGUGGCUGAGGCUGCUGCUGCGCAGGUCUGCAUGGAGCUUUUGCAGGUCAUGACAGCCAUGCUGCUAGAGAGAAACGACUACCACUUCGGUGCUGCAAUCCAUGCGUGUGAGAGGCCAGGCCUUUGGAGGUUGGCCCUGGGCUUGCUACAGCGCAUGCGUAGCCUGCAUGUCCGGGGCAACGUGGUGACCUUUACCUCGGGUCUCAGCGCCAAUGCCUGGCCACAAGCUGUGGCGCUGCUGAAGGCCAUGGUGCAGGCCGGGCCACAACCGAACGUGCUGAGCUUUGGUGCCACCAUCAGUGCCUGCGAGGAUGCGGAGGUGGGCGGCCAGUGGGACGUGGCACUUCAGUUGCUGCGGCAGUUGCCAGUCCACGCUGUAAGGCCCAAUGAGGUGAUCUGCAGCGCCGGGGUGCGCGCCUGCGCGAACCUGGGCUGGCAGCUGCCAUUGCAGCUGCUCAAGACCAUGGCAGAGGAGGCGCUGCAAAACGACGACGUGGUGCUGAACGCAGCGAUCUCGGGCCUGGCGCCGGAUGCAUCCCGGCGCUCCGCGGCGCGCCGGGGGAAAGGCGACGCCAGCCCCAGCGCAGGCGGCGCAAGCAACGCCUGGCCGUUGGCGGCGGGCUAUUUGCGGCGCAUGGUGCAAGAGGGCAUCACACCAGAUGUGAUCAGUUUCAGCUGCGCUGUUGCCGCCUUCGAGCUCAGUGGUCUUUGGCUGCUGGCGUCCUCCAUGCUCGCCGCCAUGGCUUUGGUUGCCCUCCGCGCCAAUGCGAUCACACUGCGAGGCGCUGCCCGCGCCUGCGAGAGCGCGCUUUCGCCAGCCUGGCAGGCAGCGUUGCGGCUGGCUGGUGAGGACUGCUGGCAGGUGGGAGCACGUGCCUGCGCUCCUCUCAUCGAGUGCGGUCCGAGAAAGCGCGCAGUGCUGCAGAGGCACUGCGACCGCUGGCUCUACAGCAGUGGGCUCAGCCUGCAGUAUGGGCUGUUUGCCCAAUCAGCUGAGCUCAGGGAGUUCGAGAUUGGCGGCGCCUCGGCACCGCAAGAGCAGGAGUGCACGGCGUGCUCUGGCUGCAACGGCGAGUUGCAGACUGCCUGGGCCUGA